GGGGCGGGGCUGCGGCCGGGUGGGGCGGAGCCCCGCCCCGCCCCGCCCCCCGCCAGCUCAUUAGCGCGAGAACCCGCGCCACCUGCUGCUGCAGCAGCUCCGGGGCCACCGCGUGCGGAGGCGCCGCCAGUCUCCCCGCCGGCAGAAAAAUGAGGAUAUUUAGUGUCUUUGCAUUCAUGGCCUACUGUCAUUUGCUGAAAGCGUUUACGAUCACAGUGUCCAAGGACCUGUAUGUGGUAGAGUACGGCAGCAAUGUGACAAUGGAGUGCAGAUUCCCUGUAGAAGAACAAUUAGACCUGGUUUCACUGAUCGUCUACUGGGAAAUGGAGGAUAAGAAAAUCAUUCAGUUUGUGCAAGGGAAGGAAGACCUGAAAGUUCAGCACAGAAGCUACAGUCAGAGGGCCCAGCUGUUGAAGGACCAGCUCUUCCUGGGGAAGGCCGCGCUUCAGAUCACAAACGUGACCCUGGAGGAUGCCGGGGUUUACUGCUGCUUGAUUGGCUAUGGCGGUGCUGACUAUAAGCGGAUUACUUUGAAAGUUCAUGCCCCAUAUCGAAAAAUCAACCAAAGAAUUUCUGUGGAUCCUGUCACCUCUGAACAUGAACUAAUGUGUCAGGCUGAGGGUUACCCGACCGCUGAAGUCAUCUGGACAAACAGUGCCCAUCAAGUCCUGAAUGGCAAAACCAUCAUCUCUGUUUCCAACAUGGAGACAAAGCUUUUCAAUGUGACCAGCACGCUGAGAAUCAACACAACGGCUAACGAGAUUUUCUACUGCACUUUUCUUCAAAGAUCAAGUCCCGAGGGAAACAGUACUGCUGAGUUGGUCAUCCCAGAACCAUUUCUGGUUCCAGCAAAUGAGAGGACUCACUUCAUGAUUCUGGGAGCCAUCCUGUUGUUUCUUGUCGUGGUCCCGGCUGUCACUUUCUGUCUGAAGAAACAAGAUGUGCGAACGAUGGAUGUGGAAAAAUGUGACGCCACAGAUAUGAACUCAAAGAAACAAAACGAUCUACAAUUUGAGGAGACGUAAUCCAGCAUUGAAAUUCCUGAUCUUAAAGCAGGGAUUCUCAGCCUGUGGUUUGGGCUCGUCAGGGGUAAGCAUGACCAGAGGAAUGCGGAGGGCCAGGCGAACUGCAGAUGAUGUCGGAUGUGAGAGGCCCAAGCACUGAAAAGUGGAAGCCAGGAGAGAAGAGGAGAACAAAGCAAGGUGUAAGCAGGGGUCACCUGCCAGGAAACCCUGUGGCCUCAGCAUGACUGGGGCCUCAGACUUACGGGCACCUGAGAAAGAGAGAGGACACUUCCAAACUGUCCAUCGCUCAUCCUAGGAAAACAAGUUGAGAUUCCCUGAUUUAGUGGUCAGUUCCUACAGAAGUGCCCGUUGGCUUCACCAGCAUCUCUAUUUGUCGUCUGUGUUAUUGAGAGCCCCAGUGUUGCAGCAAUAUUUAAGUAUGUUAUUUCUAUUUAUUUUGAGUGUGUGGAGUCUUGUCACGUGAGUGUGGUUGUGAGUGAUUUCUUUUGAAGGAAUACUAUGGUGGAAGUUAAAAUUUUGCCAUGGAACUAAACUGCUUAGUGACUUGGGUGUGUUCAAUAAGAUGUGUAGUGUUUUUAAAUUUUUUGGUAAUGUUUCUUUAUUUUUGAGAGAGAGAGAGAGAGAGAGAGACAGACAGACAGACAGAACA